AUGAUCGCACUCGGCCGACCAGCCCCAGAUUCCAGCACUCGUCCAUUCUUCAAUUGGUUGCACUGGGGGCUUGGACUGGGCGGAUGGGGAUGUGCGAGUUUAACGAUUCUGCUGUCUGUACCGCUCGGCAAGACUGGGCUCUACGCGACAUAUGGGCCAAUUCCUUUUUACAUAAUGUGUUCCUAUCUACUGUUCUUCGUUGCCAUCAACAUCGCACUCCAGAUAGUAACGACGAGCCAUGAGGCGCGCCAAGAAAAAAAGCCGAAAGUAGCCACCGUUUUGUCCUACCGUGAUACCGGCCUCAAAACCCACGAAAAGCACUUGUCCGUUAUUUCUGCUGUUGCUACACGUCGUGAUAUCCAUGAGCAAAAU